CGGACUGGCAGUUUGUGUGCAGGAGGGAAAAGCAAUCGGUCCAGGGCCCCUGGAUUAGCAGAAUAAGGAAAGGAAAGGAGAGGAGGAAAAUACAGCUGACAAAAUUAGGCAUAUAUCCCCAGCACAAUUUCAAGGGCUAAAGCCUGCCUGCCUGGACUUUAAGGACGUACCCACACGGACGCAGAGGCAUCCUCCAGGACUGGUAACAGCACUGUUCAGCCUUGCUCUUGCUGAGGAAGUUUCCCCACAGCACUGCAACGAUGAAUUUCCUCCGGCGGCGUCUCUCAGACAGUAGCUUCGUGGCAAAUCUGCCCAAUGGCUACAUGAUGGACUUGCAGCGCCCCGAGAGCUCCACGAGCUCCCCGGUUUCCCCUGCCAUGGAGAGAAAGCACCUGCAGCCACCCCAGCCCUCGCACUCUUCCUCUACUGGCAGCAGCAUCUUCAGCUCCAUCUCCAGCGCCAUGAAGCAAACCACGCAGGCGGCUGCGGGACUGAUGGACCACUCGGCCGGCCCCGCGCCACCCGUGGCACAGAAACCCAAGGUCCUCCUGGUGAUCGAUGACGCGCACACGGACUGGGCCAAAUAUUUCCAGGGGAAGAAGGUGAAUGGAGAAUUUGAUAUCCGAGUGGAACAGGCUGAGUUCUCCGAGUUGAACCUGGCUGCGUACGUCAUGGGUGGCUGCAUGGUGGACAUGCAGGUCGUGAGGAACGGCACCAAGGUGGUCAGGUCUUUCAAGCCGGAUUUUGUCCUGAUUCGCCAGCACGCCUACAGCAUGGCACUGGGGGAAGACUUCCGCAGCCUCAUCAUCGGCCUGCAGUACGGCGGCGUCCACACGGUCAACUCCGUCUACUCCAUCUACAACUUCUGCAGCAAGCCCUGGGUGUUCUCUCAGCUCAUUAAAAUCUUCAACUCGCUGGGCCCUGAGAAGUUCCCCCUGGUGGAGCAAACGUUCUUCCCAAGCCAUAAGCAGAUGGUUCCUAUCUGCAACUUGGUCAAAGACUCUUCAACUGCCCAGCACUUCCCCUGCAUUUAACUCCUGAUGUUACUUCCCCUCCUUUCCCAUCAUACACACUGUUGGGAAUACAGAGGGAAGACUGGAUGGAGAAAGAAGAAUGGAGGGAUCUAAAACGCAUUUAUAUUCAUUUAAAAAAUCCAAGUAGAAUCUCUUAGAUCCAUAUGUAGAUGUUAGUACAUGUAAAAACUAGCUUCAGGAAAUACUUCAUGAAAAACACAGAGAAGCUAAAGGAAGAAAAGAAGGAAAAAACACAUUGUCUAUUGUUACCAGCUACUAAACUCAGUGAAGCCAGGUAGACAUAAGAGAUUAGCUAGGUCAGGCGUAGAGUUGAGUUACUGGAGUUACAUGCAUUGCUGGGUAAGUCUCACAGCUUGCAUCAACAGAACAUUCUAGGUUUGCUAUAGAUCUAAGCAGAGAUAUUGCAGACUAUGUAAUAAGCGUACCUACAGCAUUGAGAACAUUCUGG